GUUAGCUAUAGUCAGACAUGUAGCAUCAGCUGGAGAGGAUUGUGGGGAGGAAACAAUUCCUCCACUGUCUUCAAAACAGAAAAUAUCUUUUGAUUAAAUUUAUAAAUUUAUACGUUUGAACGAAACCCAACCCUCAUAAUGAUGUUGAUGAUUGAUACAGUUUCAUUUUGUAUUUGAUUUUCUUUGCCCCCCCCCCCCUUUCAAAACGAUGCUACAUGGCUGAUUAUCAUAUACCCACAAUAUAUUUAAUAAAAUUAGAUGCAUAGCAAACAUAUAGUAAAUGCACUUGUAUACGCAGCUGAUACAUGUGUACUGUACAGUUUUUAAGUUCGGGUAAAACAUCAAGAUGAAAAAAAGUCAUCCAGAAAACAAACGGUACACUUUAAAACUUAAAAAAAAGUGAUAAUUCAUAUUUAUGUCAAAAAUAAAUGUAUUAUUUUGGUGUUCAUUCGUAUAUGUAUUUGGGGGCCUCAAACAUGAAAUAUUUGUUUUGCCUUUGUAUGUAAAAUCUGAUAUGCAGGGAUCUUAAAUUAUUUAAUCAAGAGUUGUUAAUUAGGUGUGCAGAUCAAGAAGGGGGGGGGGGGGUCAAAGGGAUCGGGAAACUCGGAAUACAAAGAAGAUGGGGGAAUUAAGAUGGCGCAAAUGCCCAUUUGGUUAAGUCAUUAAAUACAAUUUAAAUUCAAAUAAAAUAUUAUAUGUAUUUGAUAUGUUAUAAUAAAAGUUUAAAAAAGGAUAAUUACUAAGUAUAUUCAGUUUGGAAUAUUUCAACAAACGAUAAGAAAAAAAAAUCUAUGGUUUUGGUGGUUUCGAACCCAUAGCCUAAAACCCUAAGGCUGUGAGGUUACUGGUGCUCUAACCACUGAGCUAAUUCAUUCACAACGAACGUUCAUAUGCUAUAUAUAUGAGACUUUACCCAUGAAUUUACUGACUUGUAAUAUUUUUUUUUUUAAAACAUUUAAUAAUUGGGAUACAAAAUGGCAUAUUUAAAAGUAAAGUGGGUUAUCUCUCCAUGUUUUUGUUGAUUGAAAUCGGUUUAAAUUCUAUUAGACCGUAUUUAGAGUAAGACUAUGACAAAAAUAUGGAGCUCAGACCCACUCUAUAAAAUAAAGGCAUUGAAGUUCUAAAAAUGACACUAUUUGGAGGUUUUGACACGCAUAUGCUAGUUUAAAUCAUUUAAAAUAUUUAGGGGUUACAAACCGAAGUUAUUUUAAAUAUACAUUGUUUUUAAUAAUUUAAAGAAAAAAUUAUCAGAUUUGUUGAUAUUUUAAUUUUGAAGUAUGUUAUCUUUACUCAUAAAGGCAUUUUACACGCCUUAAUCAGCCAUCUUCUUUAUCUUUCGGAACCCCUUCCUUGGAAAAAUCAUACAUCAAAUCCAUCUAUUUGUCAACAAUUAAUGAUAUAAAUUUCAUUUAAAUGAAUGUGAAUUGAUUUCAUACAGUAUCCAACAUGACGAUUAGUUGUAGGGGGUUAUCAAAACAUAAGCCUACGUGGAUCCAAAUGGCCAAACACAGCUUAAUGGCCUAAGUAAACUUCUUCUUGUUAAAUCAAAAGUUAAAUGCCUUAUUAAUUAUAAUUAUAUAUAAUCUAUACCCCUUUUCCUCUUUCUCAUGAUAUUGUUCAACAAUAAAGCAAAAAUCAAUAUUUAUUAAUAAUGGAUUAGAAUAAUAAUCAUACAUGUAUAAAAUGAACUUUUACUCAACAAACAAGUUAUUCCACACGUCGGUCAUACUCCUUGCGAGAAAACAAUUUUAAAGCGCAUCAUAUAUAUUUUAUUAUCAUGACUUUUUUUGUAGAUGUAAUGCUUAUCCCUCGAGAAUAAACCAAGUUUAAAAUAAACUAGAUGAUUUCAUUUAAGACAGUAAUACCCGCACCAAGUGUUUGCCCUUAAAUGACAUGCACUCUUUUCUAACAUGCAGUUUUCGUCGAGAAGAAGGCCACAUGCAAUUUCUGGUAUUUUUUAAAAAUUAUAAUUAUCAUAAAGGAUGAGAUCCCAUCCCAUAAUACACAUAUUGCCCUUUAUGUACAAUUUGGGUUGAACUGUUUGCAAGUGAAUUAAUUAAUAAUCUAAACAUUUCACAUUUCAUGUCAUAGAAAAUUAUUCCAAACAAAAUUAAACUAACACCCCCCCCCCCCCACUACCCAUGGCUAAAUAAACAUAUUUUGAUAACAAUGAAUCCCUGUUCAUGUAGUUGCAUAAAGAAGCUUGUAAAAAAUGCAAAAAUAUGACCAAUUGUGCAACGAUUUUCACUGCAGGACAACUAGGACAGAAGAUAUGUGUAUAAUUAUUUAUAAAGGUGGUAUCGGACACGUGUAGGUAUUAAUGUAGAUAAAAGUGUGUAAUUUUUAUUAUAUAGUUAACGUUUAUAUUAAAUUUGAAACAUUUUCACCGUUUAAGAAUUUUAAAAUGUUAUUUACUAUAUUUGCCUAAAAAAUAAAUUUUUUAAAUUUUGAUAAGCCCCACCAGGAUUCGAACUCUCUACUUACAGACACACGGUUAACGCUCUAACCCAUUGCACUAUGCUUUUAGGUACUAACAUUAUUUUGGGGGAAAAUUACAUUUUAUACUUUAUUUGUUUAGUUCAAAAGGGAGUAUAUCACAAUAUGCAGGUGUCCAAUAUAUACCACCUUAAAAUUUGUGCUUUACAUUGUUAAUUACCUAAUAAAUUGUGCAAGGGAUUUUAAAGAGUAAAGUUGUGAAAAUAAAAACAUUUUCAUACAAUAUGUUACGGGUAAAUGUUAUGUACCCAACACGAAUUCUGCAGGGUUGCAUUAGCGGAUACUAUAGUUUUACCCGGCUCUUUGGUUAUAGAUGGGUUUCACGUGGUGUACAUGCAUAUGCAGAAUAGGAUUAAUUAGGGCCCCGCAAGGAUUUGCGGGUGCCCUAUAGUAAUCACUCUGUCCGUCCUUCUGUCUGUCCGUCUGUCACUCUUCUGUCCACAAAUUUUCUGUUUUUUUCUAAUAACUUUUUUUAUGGUUGCCCAAUCAAGUUCAAAUUUGAUAUGGUAGUUCAGUAGGCAGAAAUACAUAUUUUGAUGCUAAGUUUGGUUCUCUAUGUCUUCUGGUUUGGAGCUGGGGUGGUGGGGUAGAUUCCUUAACUAUGCAUAAGAAUGAAUGGGCAAAGAGAGAUAACUGCUGAGAAUGUUACCAUUGCUGUUCAAUUAUUUGUCCUUUGGGAUUAAUUAACCUUCCACAGGAAGAAAAUCCUAAGCUUUAUCUUUAUCUGUCACAUUGAGAUUAAUUACUGCACUGCCUGUGUCUGCAAAUGAACUUUGUUUUGAAGUUAAGGUCAAUUUUGAAUGAUGUGUAGUAUUGUGUACAUUCUUUGAAAUAUGGAUUUAAAAUAUAAUAUUCAUACUUUAUUUUGGAUAAAAUACUGUACACAAUGAUUUAUGAUAAUUUUAUUGAAUUCUAAAAUCAAGAUAUAUAUUAAGAUAUCCUUUUUCACUAUUUUAUUUUUUAAUCAUGAUUUACUUCAUUUUUUUCUGCCUUAAUGCUGUUAAUUUUAACAGGUAAUCAGAUAAUAACCCCAUUCUGUCAUUUCUGAAAAAACAAAUCUUAUUGUAAAUUUAGAAGAAAAGGAUGAGAGAGCAGAACAAUUAACCCCCUGGGAUUCACUGAAGGCUUGCAUUUUAUAAAACACCUGUUUAAAUCUUUUUUAAAUACACAUGUAAUUUAGUUUUUUUUAAUAAGACAUGAGGUUAUCUCUGUUUUAUGCAGAUACAAGGUUACUAUUUAGAGUUUUUGGACAUUCAGGAAUUAUCUUGAAAUUUUAAAAAUACAGUUGUUACUUAUAAUUUUCAUAUUUUUUUUUUUAAAUGUAAUCAUAUUAAACUCUCAUUCUAUGAGCUGCACCCUUAUAUUUUUACCCCUCAGUUUAACACUUUAAUUGUUGGAUGAAAAUCAUAUCCAACUACAAAUCAUGAGAUCCUAUAUAUUGCAGUUCUUUACAUCUUAUGCCGGGCAUUUAUUUUUCAUCAUUUUUGUUAAUAUAAAGAGGAUGGAAUUCAAAGUUUUCUUCACUUCUGUAUAUUAAUUGUCAUAGCGGGGCCCUUCCUGACAGGUCAGUUUUCUAGUUAACGUGAAUAAACGUUUCUUUUAUGGUGAUCAGCUAAAGGAAUUCAUAUUGUGCUCAUUGUGAUGUUGACCGAUAUAGGUAUAUAAAAUACAUGUAGUACUCUAGCGCAAUUAUGUAUUAUGAGACACUGGUAUACAAAACAUUUAAGUUUGACUUUUACUUUCUAAAAAAGUGAUAUAUCCCUUUGCCAGCAUAUCAAUCUAAUUAAAAUUAGACGUUCUGAAUCCCCUACUCAAACGGAGAAGGGAUAGCGGAUUCAGAACGUCUAAUUUUAAUUAGAUUGCCAGCAUAUUAAAUAAUUUAAGUUUAUCAUCGUUAACUCAAUUCCUAUUGCACUUGUACAGUUUUAAUUGCAAAAGUUAUUUUUUCAUUUGUCAGUCUUACAUGAUUAUUGAAUUGACCCAGUAACAUUUCAUAUUAAAUUUGUAGAAACUUAUCAUGUUAUAUGAGUUAUAGGUAGGGGAAAUAGGGUCUUUAUAAACCCAGGAUGUGUGGAUCAGAUACAAUUCUAGUGAGAAUGAAGGCAUGAUGCUGCAGCUUUUUUUUCAAUUAAACCCCCUACCCCAUCAGCACACACCAGUAGUAGAAAAAGAGUUAAAUUAAUGUUGGUGUACCGUAAUUUUCUUUUAUUUUGCCUAAUAUUCUUUUUUGUGAAGAGAGUGAAGAGACACAUGUGUACAUGUGGUAUGUUAAGGUUAAUGACUCAUGAAAUUUGUGCAUUUAAUCCUUAUUGUUAACAAAUAUACAUGUUAAUAUAUAUGCAUGUAUAUAGAAAGAUGUGACAUUAUACUAGGAAUGCCAAUCGGUUAUUUAUAACUCAUUUUGGCUGAUUAAUUUGUUAAUCGUUUUAAAAAUAUAGACACUUCUGAAUAAAACAUAGAAUCAAUAUUUUUUUAAGAUUGAUUUUGUAACUAUUAACAACUUAAUUGGGGCCCCACUCUGCAGGUGCCCUAUAGUCAUCAUUCUAUCCAAUUCUGCUGAUCUGCAUGCCCCUGGGGACAUCCUCACCCCUUUCCAAACCUGAAAAUGACAAAGUAUCUGGAAAACUAUUUCAUCCUAUCUGUUUUUAGCUCACCUGAGCUGAAAGCUCAAGUGAGCUAUUCUGAUCACUUUUUGUCCGUCGUCCGUCCGUCCGUCCGUCUGUCCGUCCGUCUGUCCGUCUGUCUGUCCGUCUGUAAACUUUUUACAUUUUGAACUUCUUCUCUAAAACCGCUUAUCCAAUUUCAACCAAAUUUGGCACAAAGCAUCCUUAUGGGAGGGCGAAUAUAAAUUGCAGAAAUAAAAGUCCGAUCUGUAUCCAAAGCGGAGAAAACCUUGAAACUGUAGAAAAAGGGGGGUGCAUUUUUAAAAAUCUUCUUCUCAAGAACUACUGAUUCCAAUUCAACGUAGUUUAGCAUAAAUUAUCCUUAUGGGAAGGAAAAUAUAAAUUGCAAAAAUUAAGGUCUAAUUCUGUUUCAAAUCUGAGUUAUUACGAAAAUAAUAAUAAAGGAAAGGCGUGUUUCAAUCAGUUUAAUAGCUUCGGAUUCGGCAUCCGGUAAAAUGGGUAGACAAGACUUGGCCUGGGCAAAACAAAAGAUUGGCAGUUAUUAAUCUGCCAAUCUCAUUAAAAUUUCAGGAUAUUUGAUGGACCAGUAUAUUUAUAUUUGCUGUAAAUAUUGCUGCAAAAUAAUGCGUAUUUGGAAUUGACGAUUGCCGAUCUGCCCCGGCUUUUAUUUUGCCAAGGCCCGGGUUUGCGUACCCAUUUUACCAAGACUCGUAUUCCAUACAUCUAAAACGAGGUUCUUUGUUUAAAGCAGCCAUGACAUUAUACGAAAAAGGGUCGAUCUGACUAUGAUGAAUUUGCUUGUUGUGCAACAGUUCGCGAAUGAAGGGAAAUUUUUGAAACAUGCAAAAUAUAUUGGUGCCGAUUUUGUGAAGUAAAUUGAGGCUAAAUAUUUCAAUGCGUUGACAGUUUUCACACAUGACGUUGGUGUUAGCUUGUUCUGAUUUUCGUUUCGUUUUCAUUAUUUAUGCUUUGUAACCUGGGAACUAUCGUCUGUAUUUCGUGAUUUUUACGUAUCAAAUCAAACAGAGACUUCGGUAAAUCAAACAGUUAACUGUUUACCUGCGCAAAUUAAGCAAAAUCUGAUGUAUCAAAAAAGUACUGAAAUACAAUUCAUUCUAUCGGUAAUUCGGCAUUAUAUUUUGCGUAAUGGUAUAUUAAUGCAAUAGGUUUUGUUGAGAUGCUCGGCAUUUUCUCGAGUUUAUUCAGUUUAAAUAGAGUUUGAUAUCGCUGUCGGAAAUAUGUCUACUAGGUAUAUACAUGUACAUGUAUAUAUAUAUGAUUCAUUUCGAAAAAAUAAAUUGUGUUCUUUAUUUGUUAUAGUGCAUGUUUCUUGUGUUUUAAUUGUUUACAAUUUCUAUUUACUAACCAUAUUUGAGCAAGUUAAUUAUAUUAUAAGCAAGAUACAGAGAUUUGCUCACGAUUCUAUGUUUGUACACAGAUCUUAAAAACUAAAGAUUAAAAAACUAAAAAAUUUCAAUAUUUAUUAAGAAAAUUUUCAAAGUCUCUUCUUCCAGAAACCAACUUUAACAACUUAUUGUAUUGUAAACUUAACCUUUUUUAGCUCACCUGAGCCAAAGUCUUCUCAAAAACUAAUUAGGCCAGGAAAGCUCAAAUUUGAGUGGAAGCAUCCUCAGAUAGUGUAGAUUCAAGUUUGUUCAAAUCAUGGUCCCCGGGGGUAGGGUGGGGCCACAAUAGGGGGAUCAUGUUUUACAUAAGAAUAUAUAGAGAAAAUCUUUAAAAAUCUUCUCAAAAACUAUUAGGCCAGAAAAGCUCAAAUUGAAAUGGAAGCAUCCUCAGGUAGUGUAGAUUCAAGUUUGUUCAAAUCAUGAUCCCCGGGGGUAGGGUGGGGCCACAAUUGGGAGAUCAAGUUUUACAUAGGAAUAUAUUGAGAAAAUCUUUUAAAAAUCUUCUUCUCAAAAAUAUUUGGCCAAGAAAUCUCAAAUUGGCAUGUAACCAUCCUUAGGAAGUGUAGAUUCAAGUUUGUUCAAAUCAUGGUCGCUGGGGGUAGGGCGGGGUCACAAUGGGGGAUGAAUUUUUAUAGAUAGAGAAAAUCUUUAAAAGUCUUCUUCUCAAAAUUAUUAGGCCAGGAAAGCCCAAAUUUGAGUGGAAGCAUCCCCAGAUCAUAUAGAUUCAAGUUUGUUUAAAUAAUAGUCCAGGGGUAGGGUGAGGCCACAAUGGGGGAUGAAUUUUUACUUAGGAAUAUAUAGAGAAAAUCUUUAAAAAUCUUCUUUUUAAAGAAUUUUGGCCAGAAAGUGUUUAAACUUGUGUAGAGGCAUCCUCGGGUAGUGUAAAUUCAAGUUUGCAAAAUCACAGUCCCUAGUGGUAGGGCGGGACCGUGAUGGCGGUUUGAAUUUUUACAUAGGAAUAUAAAGAGAAAAUCUUUAAAACUAUUCUGGGAAAGUGUUCGGUUCAAAACUCAGUACUUAGUGUGAAAGCAAAGGUUAUGCAGAUUUAAGUCUGAUGAAACCAUGAUUCCCUAGAGAAAAAUGGGGCCAUGAAAUGGGGGGGGGGGGGGGGUAUAUAGGAAUAGAGACAAAUCUUCUUACAGGUACAACAACAAAAGGGGCUUGGUAUUUACCAAAAAAUAAGAGGUUGAUAAAAAUUGGCAGAUUUUCAAUUUUUUUAGCAAGAUCUACUGUACUCAGUUGUCAAGAUAUUUUGAUACUGUAAUGCUAAUUUGAUCAGAAUUAAGGGCAUUGGCAACGAAGUUUUCCGGAAAUAAAAAAUCCGUACCUGCAUUUUUUCUUUUAUACAUCGAAUUUCAGUUACCGUUCUUGAGUUUUCUUGUAAUUGUGAGUUAUCGCCCGUAACACGAACUCUUUAGCUUAUUAGAGUAAUAAAAACAGUGUUUCCGAGGUAAACAGAAAAUUCGAGAGAUGAAGCGACAUCGUUCUACAUCGACUGGCAGGUUCAUUUCAGCUUCCAAAAAGAAAAGAAUCGACGUAUUUAAAGCAAACAACGUAAGAAAGAUUAUUAAUGACCACUCAUAUUCAUCUAAGCUGUGUGAUCAUGGUGAUAAUGACUCUGACAUCGCUGAGUGUUUACCGGUAGUUGAUGAUAGCGAGGAGAACAGUUACGCAUCUGGUGAUAGUUUAGAUCGACAGAUUGACAAUGUUAACGAUACAACAGAGAUAAGCUGGCGGCAGGGAAGGCGAAUAGUGGAGUUGGGGUUUAUUGUAGACAAACUCUCUGAAGGCUGUUCUGUUUGCCACUCUUCUGUCCCUUUGAAUAUAACAAACACGGUACACGAGAUACGUUAUGGAUUAGGCAGUUUAUUAACCAUCAGGUGUGCCCUUUGUGAUGGAAAGACAGUUGUUCCAACUGGGAAGAGACAUAGUGGGCCUAACGAACGUCAGGGACAAAGAACUUGGGAUGUCAACACAAAGUUAGCAUUAGGUAUGUUACACAGUGGUAUAGGGGAAAGAAAGUUGUCCAACUUAUUGUCGACACUGAGCAUUCCACCAUGUUCCAAAACAACACUCAAGAAAAGAGAAAGAGAAAUAGGUGAAGCCCUUGAAGAUAUAGCACGUUCCAGCUGUGCUGAUGCUGCUGUCAGAGAAAAAGAUCUCACAAAAGAAUCUUCAAUAUCUGCAUCGUUUGAUGGUGGCUGGCAAAAGCGUGGAUCUGGCAAAUCCUACAGUAGCUUAUCUGGCCAUGCUGCCUUCAUUGGACAUAAGACUGGUAAAUGCAUUGCAUUUUCAACAAGGAAUAAAUACUGUAGAAAGUGUGACAGCGCAUUGAAGAAAGGAUGUGAUGUAAAAGAACAUGAUUGUAGAAAGAACUGGGAAGGUAGCUCCAAGGCUAUGGAAUCAGACAUGUGUAUAUCUAUGUUGAAAAAUCUAGAGAGCAAUGACGUGUGUGUUGGAACGAUCAUCAUGGACAAUGACUCUACAACGAUAUCUAAAGCUCGUUCAGAAGUGAAAGCGGACCUGAAAAAGCAGUGCGACAGAAAUCACCUUCUGAAAGACUUUACAAAUAAACUUUAUGACAUCAGAAAAGCCAAAAACUUCAGGGAACUCACACCAAAAACAAUUUCACACAUAUCAAAGUGUUUUCGAUACUGUGUAUCACAAAAUCAGGAGGAUACAGAAAAAAUGAAGAAAAAUUUAUUAGCACUGGGAAAACAUGUCUUUGGAGAUCAUUCAUAUUGUGGUUCAUGGUGUGGAUAUUUGCAGAAUCCAUUGAAGUACAAGCCAAAACAUCUUCCUUACAGCAGGUACCUUUGCGAUGAAAAGUUGAAGAUCACCCUUAUGGAUCUGCUGCAUAAAUAUUCCAGUGAUGCUGAUAAGUUAACCCAUCUAGGGAGUUCUCAGGCUAAUGAGAGUCUCAACAAUGCCAUUUCCAGCAAGGCUCCUAAAACCAAUUUCUUCUCUGGAUCAGAAAGCAAUGACUAUCGAGUUGCAGCAGCCAUUGCGCAAAAGAACAUUGGCUAUGGAUAUGUGACUGAUGUGUGUCAAUCUGUGAUGUUAUCUCCUGGGGAAAUAACCAAAAAGAUUUCAGAGGAAUAUGACAGAAAAAGGGAGAAAGCAAGAGAAAGAGAAAGCACAAUACAGUUCAAAAAGAGAAGAAGGGAAAAAAAGGAGCAGCAAAGUAAUCACCAGAAAACUUGUGAAGUAAGAGAGGGAAAAUCAUAUGAGACAGCAGUUGAUAUGAAUAACAACAUAUGCUCUGAUGAUAUUUGUGAAAUACCUCCACCGCAAACUGAACAAACUUGCAAAGAACUGAUACCUGGAGUGGAAUAUGCUUAUGUGUCAUUUGAUCUUGAAACUACAGGACUUGGUAAUGAUUCUGAAAUUACUCAGAUUGGAGCAGCCUACAUACACGACAAAAGCUACAGCCAGUAUCUCCUGCCUUCUAAAAGGAUUUCAACCAGUGCGAUUGCUCUGACUGGUCUUACCGUUGCUGGGAGCCAAAUGUACAAGGAAGGCGAACCUGUUCCAUCAACAUCCACAUCUGAAGGACUUACCAACUUUUUACAGUGGCUUUCUUCAAUUCAUAAACCUGUUGUGUUAGUGGCUCAUAAUGCUAGAUUUGACGCUAAUGCUUUUUGUCGUGCUUUGAUCACAAAUGACAUGAAUGGUGAUGCAGGGAAAGUUAUUCAAGGAUUUGUUGACACACUUUCACUCUUUAGAAAAGAAAGGCCUGGACUUUGCUCAUACAAGCAAACUGACUUGGUCAAAUCUUUCAUUCAAACUGACUAUAAUGCACAUGAUGCAGCAUCUGAUGCAAAAGCUCUACUACAACUUCUUACUUCACAGAAUUUUUCAGAACACAUUUUACUUCAACACAGCUUUUCAUUUGAUUCGUACAUUAGUCUACUUCAUUAUCAUGAAAUGGUGCAAAAAAACUCUUCCUCCCUAAUGUGCUUAGUGAACAAUAAAGUUAUUUCUAAAAUGAUAAUGACACGCAUUGCGAAGUCAGGACUCUCUUUUUCCCACCUGUUACUGGCUUAUAAAAGAGACUCUCAGCAUGGUGUAUUGCGAUUGCUCUCCGAGAACACUUGUGAAGGGAAACCAAGAGUAACAAGCAAUAAAAAAAUCAUUGGAAACCUUUGCUCUUACAUUAAAGAUGUUUGUGAUUAAAGAUAUUGUUUAAACAUUU